AUGGCCCCUGCUGUCGCUCCAUCCUCCCUGACCAUCAAGGCCUCAAGCCCUGCAACCGACCCCUCCUCAUAUGGGGUCUUUUGCAAAGGGCUAUCCUGUACUCUCCUCACCUUCUUCGAGCUGGCGUGGCAGCUGCGCAUCAACUUCCCCUCUUUCUAUGUCAUGGGCUCCGUGAUCCUGAAUAUCUGCUUACAGGUACAUAUAUAA